AUGAUACCGUUUAUUGUCCUUUUCUUUUUGCUACGAAGCGCUUUUGCAGUGUUCGUCCCUUGGCUCGAUAAUGACCCUUUUACCGUGAAUGACGUGCAAACCUACAAAAUGGGGUUUGGUCUUCCACCAGUGCUACCUCCUGACGCCAUCACCGAUGAAACGAGAAGUUUACCGUACGAAGGAUACAUACCCGACUAUGUCAUAGACAGCAGUCCUUUGGUUCAUCUCUACAGCGAGGAGCUGUAUUAUCCAGCUGACAUCUCUGAUUUUAUCAAGCACUUUAAUAUUCGGACCAACAAUAACUCGAUCUUGAAAGAAGCCCCGUUAGGACUUCACGAUUUAGCGUCCAUGAUACCAGCUUCAGCGGAAAAAAACGAUUCUGUCUUGAGCGAGGAUACGUUUUUAACCGCGCUGGAUGACUUUGAUAAAGACCCGCGCUGGCUGUUAGGCCACAAACCAGAUUACGGCUCUGGCCAUAUCAAAGACGCACCUGCAGUGCUAAUCGUGGUAGACAAAGGCAAUGGCUGGGUAGACGCGUAUUGGUUUUACUUCUAUUCUUUCAACUUGGGCGCAUUUAUUAUGGGCUACGGACCCUGGGGCAAUCAUGUUGGCGAUUGGGAGCACUCUCUGGUGCGUUUCUACGAGGGAAAACCGCAGUACCUUUGGAUGAGCGCUCAUGGGGGUGGAGGCUGCUACCAAUAUGACGCCAUCGAAAAGAAAACGCAUGUGCGCUACGGCGACACAGAGCCCACGUCAAAAAUAUUAGAAAGGCCACUCAUUUUCAGCGCCCGGGGCACUCACGCCAAUUAUGCCUCUGUCGGCCAGCACGCUCACGACGUGCCGUUUUUUUUUAGUGCCCUGAGCGACUUUACCGAUCGUGGUCCGCUUUGGGAUCCUUCGCUUAACUAUUUGGCUUACACUUAUAACGGCACGGUCGCUACACCUGCGACAGACCGUGAAAGAGCGCUGGGCAGCGAAUGGCUUGAUUACUUAGGGCAUUGGGGCGAUAAACAACUAGCCAGAAAGGACCCACGGCAGAAAUGGUGUCCUGUGCAAUGGCGUUACAUCGAUGGACCCAGGGGGCCCUUGAGCAAAAACCUAGAUCGAACCGGUCUUUGCCAGCGAAGCAAAUGGUGGAAUUUCUGGGGUGGGUGUCCUGCGAGAAGGAGUAUCAAGCGGGGACAAGGACUGGAUGCUGAACACAACGACCUUGUUGGCGACAAUUGUGGAAUUUUACUUUACAGAAUCCGGCCCAAAUGGUUAAGGUCUCUGGUAAGACUGGUUAUGUGGCGCGGAGUGACCUGUUUUAUGAUGGAUUACUUUACAGGGUAA